AGAAAGGGGCGUGAGAUUAUAAAACCGAGGAUCGCCGUAUGCCUUUUUGUACCUUCCACACAUUUAGUCCUUACCGCCCCCGGCCACCAUCUGCUGCUCCUGAAGCAGAGGCUCAUACAACGGCGUCAAGCCUGGAGCUUUAAAGACAACAACGGGGUACCCCGUUUAAAGCACCACGGUUCCUAAAACAUUGGAUUAGCUGAGUGAACUUUAUCACUAAAGCUAAAACCACCGUUGUUGCCGCCAUCCACCAGUCCCACAAAUCAGAACAAAAUGGUGCAGAACAAGAUCACCGAAGUUACCGGAUUCCAUCGCUCUUUUAAGGGCCAAAAUCCCUUUGAAUCUGAGGAAUUUUCCAAAACAGGAUCCCAUCUCCUUGAAUCUGCCUUCAAUUUUGAUUGUUCCGCCCGACUUGACAUGCCAUCCAGCCAGCCCAUCGACAUCCCAGAUGCCAAAAAGAGAAACAAGAAGAAAAAGAGAUGCAGGGCAACAGACAGCUUCUCAGGGCGAUUUGAGGAUGUAUAUAAACUGCAAGAUGAGGUGCUGGGAGAAGGGGCCUAUGCCAGAGUCCAGACCUGCAUCAACCAAAUCACCCACAAAGAAUAUGCUGUGAAGAUCAUUGAGAAAAGGCCAGGACACAGUAGGAGUCGUGUUUUCAGAGAGGUGGAAAUGCUGUACCAGUGUCAGGGGCACAGAAAUAUUCUGGAGCUGGUGGAGUUCUUUGAGGAGGAGGACAAGUUUUACCUUGUGUUUGAGAAGCUGAGAGGAGGCUCUGUCUUGGCCCACAUUCACAAGAGGAGAUACUUCAGCGAGCAGGAAGCCAGCAUUGUGGUGCAGGACAUUGCGAGUGCACUGGACUUCCUUCACAAUAAAGGAAUGGCCCACAGAGACCUGAAGCCUGAAAACAUCUUGUGUGAACACGAGAAAAGGAUUUCGCCUGUGAAGAUAUGCGAUUUUGAUCUUGGCAGUGGAAUUAAACUCAACAGUGACAGUUCACCCAUCUCCACUCCAGAGCUCCUCACUCCAGUAAGUGUCUUUGUGACCCUAAACAAAGUAUUGCAUUUGACUGAGAAACAAACAUAAGCUGUUAACGGCCGUCUCCCUGUUGUUUUGAAGUCUAUGGAUAAGAUAUACACAUUGUCAAUG